AAAAUCUCAGCUCAAGCCAUGGAAGAAGAGAAAGGAGUGGUGAUCCAGAAGUUGAUUGACAUAAUUAAUGAGAUAUCUGCAUUCUCCGACUACAGAUGUUCCCUCAAGAAGCAGUUUUGCAACCUAGCAAAUCGAUUGAGGCUCUUAUUGCCCAUGUUCGUAGAAUUCAGGGACAACAAAGACUCCAUCCAUGAUGACACUAUGAUUUCCCUCUCGAAUUUGAAAGAGGCUCUGGAAUCAACUAAGGAGCUCCUCCGAUUGGGCAGUCAAGGGAGCAAAAUUUAUUUGGUCCUGGAAAGGGAGCAAAUAAUGAACCAAUUUCAGGUAGUGACAGCUUGGCUGGAGCAAGCUCUGAGCGGAAUUUCCUAUGACAAACUCGAGAUAUCAGAUGAAGUUGAGGAGCAGGUUGAGCUUGUGCUAGCUCAGUUUAGAAGAGCCAAACAACGAAGGGUUGAUGCACCUGAUGUUGAGCUUUAUGAAGAUUUGUUAUCUGUUUACAUCAAAAGCAGUGAUGCAGACGUUGAUCCCGCUGUGCUUUGGAGGUUAGCUGAAAAGUUAGAGUUGAUGGGCAUAAAUGACCUCAGACAAGAGUCUCUGGCUCUACAAGAGAUGGUUGUCUCCAAUGCUGGGCAUCCUGGGGAGAGCAUAGAAAAGAUGUCAAUCCUACUCGAGAAAAUUACAGAUUUUGUGCUGACUGAAAACCCUGACACGGGAGCUCUUGAAAGUGAAAAGUGUACUUCAAGUGGCAAUACACAGACUUCGGCUUUUGGGAAUCCAAAUUCUCUGGUCAUACCAGAAGCUUUCCGCUGUCCGAUAUCCAAUGAGUUGAUGGAAGAUCCAGUUUUUGUAUCCACAGGACAGAUCUAUGAGAGAUCAUGCAUUGAGAAAUGGCUUGCAGCGGGGCAUCUCACGUGUCCAAAGACAAAACAGAAACUUUCCAGUGCUGCCUUGAAACCCAACUAUGUGUUGCGUAACCGCAUAGCUCAGUGGCGCAAGGCCAAUGGGAUAGAACCACGUUUCAAGAUUGAUUUUCUCUUUCGCAAACUGACUUCUGGCAACCUUGAGGACCAGCGAUCAGCUGCAGGUGAGCUGUGCCUUGUUGCCAAGCGCAAUGCUUCCAACAUUGUAUGCAUUGCCAAGGCCGGUGUCAUUCACCAACUUGUUGGCCUCAUCGUCACUUCUGACCCACAAACUCAGGAAAAUGCUCUCACUGUCCUCCUGAACCUUUCCAAAUUCAAGCAUAACAGAGAAAGCAUCAUAUCUUCUGGGGCUGCCCCUGCUAUUGUACAUAUGCUCCAGAAUGGGAGUAUGGAGGCAAGGGAAAAUGCAGUAGCCAUACUAUGCAGUCUCUCUAUGGUGGAUGAAUACAAGUUGACAAUUGGUGCAUCAGGGGCAAUACCAGCACUUGUGACACUGCUUAGUGAAGGUAGCCAUAGGUUAAAGACGGAUGCGUCAACAACCCUCCUCUUCCUGUUGUGCAAUUUAGAAGAGAACGGGGCAAGGGCAGUGCAGGCUGGAGUAGUGCCCACACUGAUGAGAAUGCUGACCGAUCCUGGAGUUGGAUUGGAAACUAGAGCAUCAUCCAUACUAGUUUCACUCGCAGGCUACCCCGAGGGAAAGGCAGCAAUAGAAGCCGCAGAGGUUGUAGGCGUCAAGGUUGAGGUGUUAAGGAGUGGUCAGUCAAUUGUAAUUACAAGGUCCAACACAAAAUAG